AUGGUUUGUCACAGCACCGUCAAUGGUACUGUUGAUUGCCAGGAGGAGAGAUUUUCUGAUCCAGCCAAUACUGGUAGUGGUCAGACAAAGGAUGAUAUUGUCAUCGUCGGAAUGGGCAUGAGACUUCCGGGUGGUAUUAGAACUGGAGAGGAUCUCUGGAGCUUGCUUGUCGAGAAGAGGUCUACUCGAGGCAAAGUCCCCCCCGGUCGAUUCAAUACUGCAGCGUUUUGCGGCGAAUCACCAAAUCCUCGGCUUGCUAGUUCAGAAUAUGGCCACUUCUUGGCAGAAGAUGAUGCACUAGGAGACUUUGAUACCUCAUUCUUCCGAAUGAGCAAAAUCGAAUCUGAAAUUCUUGACCCCCAGCAGAGAUUGCUUCUUGAGGUUGUAUAUGAAUGUAUGCAGAACGGAGGACAAGGGCAAUGGCGUGGGGAAAACAUCGGAUGCUUCGUCGGAGUUUGGGGAGAUAACAAAACGAUCCCGCCUAAUAUCUACUUCAAGAACCCCAAUCCCAAGCUUCGUCUACGCGAAGCCAAUUUUGAAGUGCCACAGGAGCCAAUUCCAUGGCCAAAUUCACAAAUGGAGAGAGCUAGUAUCAAUUCGUUUGGUGUAGGAGGCGCAAAUGCACAUAUCAUUGUGGACAGCGCUUCCGCUUGUCGUUCCAAUCUGCAAAUUCCCACUACAAUAUACGAAAGCAUAAAAAACAAAAAAAAGGAGGACGACUCUCAGUAUGAAUCGUGCAAGAGCAACAAGUCUAUUCUAGUUCUGUCAGCAGCAAGUCAGAACUCUCUGGACGCAAGUAUUGCAGAACAUCUAAAAUACGUAGAAAAGGACACUACGAAGAUCAAUGACGUUGCAUAUACUCUCUGCAAUCGUCGAGAACAUCUUCCAUUCCGCGCAUAUGGUAUCGCAGGAGCUUCCACGCCAUUGAGGUUUAGCUCUUCAACUACAGUAACUAGCAGCAGCACGAGCAUUAUUCUCGUAUUCACAGGGCAAGGUGCACAAUGGGCCGAAAUGGGUAAGAAUCUCAUUUUCGACUACUCGUCUUUCCGCAAGGAUAUACAGUCUCUCGACGACAUUUUGCAACAGCUCGAUCCUUCUUGCAAAUGGAAAAUCGCAGAUGAACUGUGUAGAAAUCCUCUAGAAACUCGUGUUAACAAUCCCGAAUACGCACAGCCACUGGUGACAGCAAUACAAAUAGCCUUGUUUGAUCUAGUACGGAGAUGGGGAAUAGGAGCUUCCGCAGUUAUUGGGCACUCAAGUGGGGAGAUUGCAGCCGCAUAUGCAGCCGGUGCAAUAACCGCAAAGGAAGCCAUCGCAAUUGCUUAUUAUCGUGGCCAGCUUGUGAAGCAAAUUCGCAACCAAGGAGCUAUGGCAUCUGUUGGCCUUGCAGCUUCCAAGCUGUAUCCUUUUCUUCCAAAGUCAGGGGCUGUCAUUGCUUGCGAAAACAGUCCCGAGAAUGUGACUAUUUCCGGCAAUAUUGACAGCGUGAAGAUGGUCUGCCAAAGUGUUGAACAAUCGAUGCCUGGAACAUUCAUGAAAGAACUCCGUGUCAAAACGGCAUAUCAUUCUGAAACUCUCGGAGCUCGCACUUUGGAAGGAAACCCUCUCUAUCCCCAGUGGAGGAACCUUCUCCAAGUGGACCAGAUUCAGUGGGUGAAUGAACAUAAAAUUGAGAAUGACAUCGUGUUUCCUUGUGCAGGCUACUUGGCAAUGGUUGGUGCAGCCAUUUGGCAGAUCUCCGGAGCCGUCGAUUUUGCCUUACGCAAUGUCAUUGUCAAAACAGCCAUGGUUCUCUCAGAGUCGAAGGAUAUGGAAAUUAUGACAAACUUUCAGCCUGUCCGUUUGACUACAAGUCUGGACUCAGAUUGGUGGGAUUUCACAAUUUCAUCAUACAAUGGCCACAAAUGGCUAAAUCACUGUGUCGGACAAGCUAAAGCUGGUGCUGAUACCCAGAAUCCAUGCCCUACGAGGCAGUCCUUGAAAUCAGACUUACCCAGGCUGGUACCAGAUCCUUAUCCAGCAAUCAAGCAAUACCUGGGAAUGAAUUUCGGUCCAUGCUUUAGAGGACUCCAGGACGUUACCGCCCUCCCAGGUGAAGGCAUAGCCGCCGCUAACCUUCCAAAGCCAUUACAGACAGGCUCACCAUAUGCGAUCCAUCCCACAACAAUCGAUCAUUGCUUGCAGCUCUCUGUAGUGGCGAGUUGCGAUGGUAUUUUCCGCCGAAAUCACACAAAAGUGAUGCCAACAAGUAUUGAUCAUGUGUAUAUAAAUGGCACAUUGAAUAGUGGUUCGUUUGAGGGUCUCAAGGCGCAAGCAAAUGCUGAACGUACACCUUCUGGGACAAUCAUUGGUGAUGUUCUAGCCACAGCUGCGAACGAUGACAUUGCUAUUGCAAUCUCCGGUGGCAGAUACUCACCUCUUCAAGACGUGUCCACUCUAGAGGCUUCUAAUGCUGAUAUACAUGCAGGAGCCAAAAUUUGCUGGAACCCUGAUAUUUCCUUCUGUUCGAUAGAAAAUUUGAUUCUUCCUAUUCAGCGUUCACAUGAUGAGUGCAUCUCACUUGAUAAGCUUUCAUUUCUCUCUGUUCUACAAAUCAGAUGCGAUAUUCAGAAAAUCGAAAGUGCUUCAACCAGUCAUCUCGCGAAAUUCAGAGCCUGGAUCGAGGCAGAGUUUCAUCGAGCAUCGAAUGGUACUGCAUAUGGAUGUGUGGAAUCUACAGCGGAGCUGUUGUCACUCAACUAUCAAGACAGAGCUGCAAGAAUCACCCACCUUGAGAGCUAUUUGCGGCAGAGCGGAUGGGAUCCAGUGGUAGAUUUAGUUGCUCGGGUUCGACAAAACUGCUGCGAUAUCAUGCAAAGAAAGAUAGAAGGAAUAGAUCUCCUUGUGGCUGAAAAUGGUCUCACUCGACUGUACGACAAAUUGGAGUCCAACACCGACCCAGGCAAGUUUUUCAAGACCCUAGGCUUCACUAAACCGAAUCUUCGAAUCCUAGAGAUAGGAGCUGGGACAGGGGGAGCUACGGUACAUGCUUUGGAAGGGCUAUCUAGUUUGAUAGCGAACCAUCCUUUAUAUCAUAAUUACACUUUUACUGAUAUUUCGUCCGGGUUUUUUGUCGCCGCGCAAGAAAGAUUGAAAAGUCACCCCAGGGUGGACUAUAAAGUUCUCGAUAUUUCGAAGGAUCCACUCCUGCAAGGCUUUUCAAAGGAAUCAUACGAUCUCAUAAUUGCUUCCAAUGUCCUACACGCUACCCCAAGCUUACAUGAAACCCUAACCCACGUGCGUACUCUUCUUCAUCCGAACGGACAUCUUUUCCUACAGGAACUCUCGCCGCAAAUGAGAUGGGGAAAUAUGCAAGUAUCACCAAUAAUGGGUAUUUUACCUGGAUGGUGGCUUGGAGAGGAUGACGCCAGGAUCGAUGAACCUUACGUCACUCCUGAACGUUGGGAUCGAGAACUUAAAGAUGCCGGAUUCUCAGGAGUCGAUGCUUUGGUUUACGACAGCGAGAAGCCAUAUCAUGUCAAUGCUAAUAUUGUGGCGAAACCACGAACGAAAAUCGCAAAGCUUCCAAAGAGAGUCACGCUAUUGCACGAGCAGGACCAGUUGCUAUCAUCAUUUCUCGUCAGAAUCAUAACUCUACUUCAAAAUACAGGACACGAGGUGGAUCUUCGCACACUUGGGCAGGGCGUUCCUCGUGAUCAGGAUAUAAUCUCUGUACUCGACCUUGACUCGCCAUUUUUUCACGAGCUUGAUCAAUACCAAAUGUCCACGUUUCAAGCGAUGAUUGGAGGCAUCGAAUCCCAUAGCAUGUUGUGGGUUACUAGAUCAAUCCAGAUGAAAUGUUCUGAUCCUAGAUUUGGUCUCUGUCUCGGAGUAUUUCGAUCUUUACGUCGAGAUCUUUCCAUUGCCAUUGCGACAAUUGAAAUCGAUUCUGUGGACGCUAGUGCUUGUUCGGCAAUCUUGAAGGUCUACGAGAAGCUCCAAAACCGAGAAAUUACAGAUAUAGAUCCAGACUAUGAGUUUGUGUUCUUCCAAGAGGAAUUGCACAUUGGACGGUUCUAUCCAGUCUCAGUAGUAGACGAGCUCACUCACGAUGUCAGCAAAUUGUACGCUGCAAGGGUGGAAGUCGGAGUACCUGGGCUAUUACAGACUUUGAAAUGGGUACCUGUAGAAGACUUCAGUCUUGCCGAUGAUUACAUUACGAUUGAAACGAAUUGUAUUGGGCUCAAUUUGAAGGACGUUUUAAAUGCAUUGGGAAUUCUUGGGGGGGACGGCAUCGGCCUUGAGGGAGCCGGUACGAUCACUCGAGUCGGAUCCAAGGUAACAGAACUACAUGUUGGAGACCGUGUUCUGUUCGGUAACAUGUCCGAGCGUCCGUGUCUUGCGACUCAUGUCACAGUUCCUGCUCAGAGCUGUGUGAUGAUUCCCUCGACUUUAAGCUUUGAAGCGGCAGCUACUUUGCCGGCCGUCUACAUGACGGUCAUACACUCGAUACUAGAUGUAGCAAAAUUGUCCAGGGGUCAGACGAUUCUCAUUCAUGCUGCAUGCGGUGGAGUCGGUUUGGCCGCAAUUCAGGUUUGUCAGAAUAUUGUUGGAGCUGAAAUUUUUGUCACGGUUGGAAGCGAGAAGAAGAAGCAAUAUCUUAUGAAACAUUUUGGAAUUCCCGCUUCCCACAUCUUCUACUCUCGAGACGCUACGUUUUUACCAGGAAUCAUGACAGCAACCAACGGAACCGGUGUGGAUUUGGUUUUGAAUAGCUUGAGCGGCGAGUUAUUGCACGCUUCGUGGCAAUGUGUCGCAGAAUUUGGGAAAAUGGUUGAGAUUGGCAAGCGUGAUAUUAUCGGCAAAGCAACCCUACGUUUAGAUCUAUUCGCCGGGAAUCGAGGCUUCUUCGGAGUUGAUAUGACCAGUUUACCACUGGAGAAAGUGCGCACAUUAAUGUCUCGGAUGAUUCAAUACUUUGAGGCGGGUCUAAUCACACCCAUUACACCAAUCAAGGCCUUUCCAGCAGCAGAAAUAGCAGAUGCUUUUCGUUAUCUACAGAAUGGUUCUCACAUAGGAAAGAUCGUGGUAAAUAUACCAAAAUCAAUAGCAGAAGAACUAAGUUUAGAGAAUUCGGUCGAAAAGCUUCAACUACACGCAGACUUCAGCUAUCUACUUGUUGGUGGCUUCGGAGGUUUGGGUCGAGCGACAGCUAGCUGGAUGGUAGAGAAUGGGGCACGACAUUUGAUAUUCUUGUCGCGCGACGCUGGUAAGUCUGAAAAUGACCAAGCUUUCGUUCGAGAACUUGAAUAUCAGGGUUGCAACGUACAAGUAUUUGCCGGAAGUGUUGUGAAUCUUGGUGAUGUUGCCAAUCUUGUCCAAAAGGCAUCAAAACCUAUCAAGGGUGUGAUUCAAAUGGCGAUGGUAAUCCGCAAUCAAGACUUUCUCAGCAUGAAGCACGAGGAGUGGGAGGCCGUGAUUCUGCCAAAGGUCCAAGGAUCAUGGAACCUACACCAGGCACUGCCGAAGAAUAUGGAUUUCUUUGUGGCCACAGCUUCAAUUAGUGGGACCUUCGGUUACUACGGCCAGGCGAACUAUGCAGCUGGGAACACAUUUCUCGACGCGCUGGUCAGCUAUCGCAACAAUGUGUUGAACUUGCCAGCUGCAGUUAUUGAUCUAGGUGCGGUCGCAGAGAUUGGCUACAUGAAGGAAAAUUUCGCCGAUCAGGAAAUGUAUCGACUUUCCGGUAAUCAUUACAUCUACGAACAGGCUUUCCUUGAUUCUAUCCACUGGGCAAUACGCAAAUGUGACUCCCGACACGCCGAUGGAGAUGGACGGAAUCACAUCGUGAUCGGCCUUCGCUCUAAAAUGCCCCUGUCUGAUCCUCAAAAUCGCAUUCCGUGGAAGCGAGACGCUCGGGUAGGUAUCUAUUAUAAUCUCAACUCCAGAUUUCAGAACGAGGAUGCCAGCCACGCUACAUGUGAUACAUUGCAGUCUGUCAUGUCCUCAGUAGAGGAUGAUCCGUCUCUUCUAAAAAACAACCUGGGGAAAAUCCGGACCUCUCUCAAAGUCUUGAUGAUCUGGGGAUGGAUUCAUUGA